GUCCCAGAGAGUGCGGCGCCAUGAGCCAGCGGCAGGUGCUGCAAGUGUUCGAGCAGUACCAGAAAGCGCGGACUCAGUUUGUGCAGAUGGUGGCGGAACUGGCGACCAGACCCCAAAACAUCGAGACGCUGCAGAAUGCAGGCGUAAUGUCUUUACUGAGGCCGCUUCUUCUGGACGUGGUCCCGACAAUUCAGCAGACGGCUGCCCUGGCUCUGGGCCGACUGGCCAAUUACAAUGAUGACUUAGCAGAAGCAGUUGUGAAGGGCGACAUUCUUCCACAGCUUGUUUAUUCACUGGCAGAACAAAAUCGUUUCUACAAGAAAGCGGCUGCCUUCGUGCUGAGAGCAGUUGGCAAACACUCCCCUCAGCUGGCCCAGGCCAUAGUUGACUGUGGGGCUCUGGACACACUGGUGAUUUGCUUGGAGGACUUUGACCCCGGAGUCAAGGAGGCCGCAGCCUGGGCCCUUGGAUAUAUUGCAAGACAUAAUACAGAAUUAUCUCAAGCUGUGGUGGAUGCAGGAGCAAUUCCUCUUUUAGUUCUGUGCAUCCAGGAGCCAGAAAUUGCUUUGAAAAGGAUCGCUGCCUCAGCCCUCAGUGAUAUCUCAAAGCACUCUCCAGAGUUAGCGCAGACGGUGGUGGACGCAGGAGCUAUUGCCCACUUGGCCCAGAUGAUCCUCAACCCUGAUGCAAAACUGAAGCGGCAGGUCCUUUCAGCUCUCAGUCAGAUUGCAAAACAUUCUGUGGACCUGGCAGAGAUGGUCGUUGAAGCAGAGAUUUUCCCUGUUGUACUUACCUGCCUGAAGGACAAAGAUGAAUACGUGAAGAAAAAUGCUUGUACUUUAAUUAGAGAGAUCGCUAAACAUACACCGGAGCUUUCACAGCUGAUUGUUAAUGCAGGAGGCGUGGCUGCUGUGAUUGACUGCAUUGGGUCCUGCAAAGGGAACAUCCGGUUGCCUGGCAUCAUGAUGCUGGGUUACGUAGCUGCUCAUUCUGAGAACCUGGCCAUGGCGGUGAUCAUCUCCAAGGGUGUGCCCCAGUUGUCAAUUUGCCUGUCAGAAGAACCGGAAGACCACAUUAAAGCUGCUGCUGCCUGGGCCUUAGGGCAGCUGGGAAGACACACUCCAGAGCAUGCCAGGGCUGUGGCCGUCACGAACACUCUGCCAGUUCUGCUUUCUUUGUACAUGUCACCGGAGAGCUCUGAGGACCUGCAGGUGAAAAGUAAAAAAGCCAUAAAGAAUAUCCUUCAAAAAUGCACCUACCUGCCAGCCCUUGAGCCAUUCCUGUAUGAUGCGCCUCCCAAUAUCCUGAAGCAUGUCGUUGGCCAGUUCAGUAAGGUUCUGCCGCAUGACAGCAAAGCCCGGCGGCUUUUCGUGACGAGUGGCGGCCUUAAAAAGGUCCAGGAGAUAAAGGCAGAGCCGGGCUCUCUCCUGCAGGAAUACAUCAACAGCAUCAACAACUGCUACCCAGAGGAGAUAGUGAGGUACUAUUCACCUGGAUACUCGGAUACACUUCUACAGAGGGUGGACAGCUACCAGCCAGUUACUAACUGAACAAAGCAUAUUUUUUUAUUUUCCUGUGUCCCAAGAAAGUAUGAAUAAUGAUUGUUAAAGUUCUUUGAAAGUAUAUUCUAGUUUUAUUCAGUGUGAAAUACCUUUAGAUAAUGUUUUCUAAAUGUAUGUAAUGGUUUAAGAAUUAGUAGCUGGAAUGUAUGAAGGAUUAGUCACAGUCAUUUGCAAGCAUAGGAGUUCCUCUAAAGAUAAGUUUAAAGGCCUUUAAAGGGUUUAUAAACUUUGUACUGUCCUGAUGAAAACCAAAUACAAACAGGACCCACACAGACUCCACCAAUGCUGUUUAGCAGCACUUAAGCUAUUUUGGCCAUUUCCUUAUAAGCAUUGGCAAGGACAACUUGCCUUUCAAGUUCCACAGAAGCAUCUGGAAGGA